GAAAAUGUGCUAAUGUAAACGACAAUGGCAACGAUUGAAGAAGUGAGCAGCGAGAUCUUGCACCUUAUUUACGAUGUUAUCAGAAGUAUCGAGAAGGACUCUCAUGACCCGACCCAGAAGAGGGACAGUUACGACAGCGCUGCCAAGAUCCAGGAGCUGCGGGGCAAGCUACAGCUGUGUCGCGACAUGAUCAACAAGCUUCCAGGCAUCGAGCUCACGCGAGAGGAGCAGUUGCGUCGGGUUGAUGCGCUACGGCGCCAGCUGGUGCGGAAGCGCGAACUGCUGGUGAAGUACAAGAGUAUGUGCCAUUUCGACAUGAAAUAGUGUCAGCACCAUGACGAGUCUAGUGCUGCACUGCGUGCUACAACUGCGCCCCCUGGUGGUUGGCAUUACCCGCCGCUGCUGCCACUGGCUAUGUGAGAGACCACUACUUCGGGUUCUUUAGGGAAAGCGAAUGCCUAUCACCGAACUGUGGCAUCUGGUACCAAGCUAGAGUUUGUGCCACCAGAGAUGUCCGCCCUCUCUGCUCUCGCUGAUGACCAGUUAG